CAGGAUGACAUACUAGAUCUAUCUGAUUGUUAUCAACUUGGUGUUCAUGAGAGGUGAAUUACAAGACAAAGUGAAUAUACCACUUGGCCGGAAUAUUUCUUUAUCAUGCAUGAUGGUUAUUAUUUCCUAGCUUCGAUCUUUCUGUCACAGAGCGCACCCUUUUACUACUUUAUGAGUGAAUGCUAUCACCCACUCUUAAUAUGUCUCUUCUUGUUACUGUGUGAUACCGUACCUAUGCUCUCAUAUCCAAUCACACUGCUCUGGUUUUUCAUUUCAUCCCAUCCUGAGCUAUGGCAGACAAUGAACAUGGCGACUCCGGAGAGAACACAGGUGUUCACCCUACCGAUUCACUUCCUAUCCUACAAGUGCCUUCUUUAGCAUCCAACUACCCUUUGGCCCACCAUUAUCAAGCUCCCGCCCAAGAAAGUGAUGUUUGGCCUGCCUCGGAACCCCAGCUACCUCUCGAUUAUCAGAAACAUUAUACUGGACAUCCGCCCAUGGCUUCUCCGACAACCCAGUCAGCUGUCCGCCAGCAUCGCUGUCAUCACAGUGUGAUGGAACGCCAGUUCUGCAUUGACCGUACGGAAACAUGCAACUCAUGUGGAAGACAGCCAUUCCUCGGAUGGCUCUACCUCUGUGUUGAGGAUAUUUCGGGCUUCUCUGAUCCCUUAGAUCCCAUAAAUGGCCCAUUCCUCAGUCCGUGGAUACUAAAAGCCAUGGAAGAUGGCCACUAUACGACCGAACAGAAAGAAAUCGUGAUUCACCAAAAGUUGAACGUCGUGAGGACGGCGGAGAGAGAAAGAGGCCCCGUACCUCCACCGCUGUCUAUGCUCUAUGCAGAGCGUAGUGCGCUAAACGGUCACAACCAAGAUGAUCCAUGGGUAGAGUUGGUAGAGGAUGUCAGCCAGCGGGAUGAGAGUGCCCCCAAAACCAGCGAAUCAGCGGUUCGCCUCGACCGUCCUGAGCAAGCCUCGCAGCUACUCCAGCCUUCACACCCUUCUCUUCCAUGUACAUUCAAGGCUUGUCGUUACUGCGAGCGUCGCCAUGGUAACCUCGAGGAGCGCACCUGGAUAAGUCUCAAUGAAAUCUGCAAUGAUCCUUCCAUUCCCCCUCCAGACUCGUGGGAACUGCUUGAGCGACCUGUCUCCGAUGCCAAUAUUCUUCGAAACUUAGAGCUGCCCUCUCAGCGUAUCUGGAUUGGUUCUCAAGAGGCGAGUUCCUCGGCAUACGGCAUCGCAGAGAGCCGCGAAGAUAUAAGCGCUAGGUUCUAUUCUCAGGAGAAUAUCACUAGCACCAAUCUCCAUGGGCUUCUGGAUCAAUCCCUGAACAUAUCGGUCAGAACAGAGCAGACCAUUGCAUCUUAUACGAGCCAGCUAAGUGAAAGUAUUGCCAUUGGGGUGGCUCUCUCUGCGUUCGAUGAUCACUCAGCAUCGUUUCCCUUGUCAGGCUCAUUAGAGCACGGUCAUGAUGAAUGUAACACCGGGGAAUAGAUUUGACAGGGAAGCUGCAUA